AAAAUAGAGACAAGAUAUGAGGAGGUAGGUGAUAGUUAAAUGGAUUUUGACUUUGAAGGAGGGAUGUGAAAAUUUAAAGAAAAAAGGACAUUAUUGUAGUGUGGGUAAAUGAAUGACUCAGAAAUGGGAAAAGAGUUGCUAAACUAUUAUAGAAUCAUCAACAUGACAAAUUGACUUACCUGGCAGUUUUAAUAAUAGUUUUAGCUGUAGAUCUCAAUUAUUUUCCAAGAAAGCUAACUGCAGUUAUUAUUACCUGAAGGAAUAUCCAGAUUGUGUCCUGCUUUGGCAGAGGGUAUUUACAUCCCAUUUCCAUGUGGAGCUCUGAUUUUACACCCAUUCCCUGGCAGGCAGGGUCCUUCCCAGUGUGCACAGAGCCACGAGUGCAGGAGCUGGCAGCUGGAAGUGGGGCAGUGCUCAGGUGAGCAGCUCCCAGGUAGGAGCUGACUGCAGGGCACGUGGCUGGGAGUGCAGAGCACACACUGCUCUGUGGUCAUCACUGCUCUCAAAAUAAUGAUUUAUGAACAGUCUGACAAAUCAGGGUUUGACAAAUCAGAUGAAUGGGAUCGACUUAAUGCAAACUGGAAAAUCUUCGUCAGCUGCUGCCAAAGCACAUGGAAAUGGUAAGACAGGUUUGUAGAUCACUGGGAGAGUUGGGAGCCACUGGAGUGUUCUGUGAAAGGCAUUAUUAAAGUUCAGAUUGAAAAAUUUCUUAAGAAAUAACAAACAACUUUGUAAGGGCAACAUAAGCAUGAAAAUCAGUAUUCCUAGUGCUGCCUUGGAAUGAGCAUGUGCCAAAGGGAAGGUGGAAGAGAAGCUUUCCAUGCUGGAAAAUGAGGCUGAUUUCUGCAGGAGAGCAGCCAUCAGCCUGGUCAGCUGUGGCUCCUCUUGGAACAGCAGUUGCCCCACGCAGCAACCAUCAAACUCCCAAAGGCUUUAUUUAAUAAAGCUAUGAAAGUAGAAAGUCCAUAACUGAUAAGAAUCUAGAUAGUGGAAUGAUAAGAGAUGCUGUGCAGUGAAAGACACAGGAACAACCAUGAUGGAGGUGGAGGAGUAUAGGAUUUCCUGCAGAAGUGGAAGAAACUCCUUAAACAGCUAUUUGCAUACAGUCCAUACAAAGUCUAAAUAAGAAAAAGGGCCAGCUGCUUGUCUUUAAUCCAUAACGGGAGCCCAUGGCAGGAGCUUGGCUGCUCUUUUCUUCCCUGUUGUUUCUUCAUCAAGCAGGAGCGAGGGAGGCAGCUGGAGGCAGGUGCCACUCCCUGAGAGCUAACAGGGAGCUGGGAAGCUGUUGACUGGGAUUUGGGAAGGAGAUGGCAGUUGUUUUGGAAGAAGAACCUGUUUGGUGGGUCUGAUUUGAAUCAAUAAAGGGAGCAGCACGCCAGUGUGUAGGAUUGAGCAGCCUCCAUCAGUGGAUUAAAGCUUUGGAUGCUGCCUGCUGUCGCUCAGGACUUUAUCUGUGCUUUUCUCCUGCACUAUGGAGCCUCUCUUUGGGGUUGUGCUGGGCUUGAUGCUGGCAGUCGCUUCACCAGCCCACGACAGCUGUACCUGUGCGACCAACAAGUGGGCAGUGUGUGCCCAGGACGGCCCAGGGAACUGCACCUGCAGGCUGGCAGGUUCACAUCACCCUGUAGACUGCUCGACCCUGACUUCUAAAUGCUUCCUGAUGAAGGCAGAAAUGAUCCCCCUGAGGGAGAAGCGCCUCUGGAGACCUCCCCAGGCGGUGUCCGACAGCGACGGCAUGUACGACCCCGACUGCGAGGACAGCGGCGUGUUCAAGGCCCGGCAGUGCAACCAGCCCGGCAGCUGCUGGUGCGUGAACACGGCGGGCGUGCGCAGGAGCGACAGGGGGGGCAGCAGCCUGCGCUGCGGCGAGCUGGUGCGCACCAGGUGGAUCUACAUCGAGCUGACGCACAAGAGGAGCUCCGGCGCCUUCGCCGUCCCCGCCGUGGCCGAGGCCCUGACGCGGCUGUUGGAGAGCAGGUACAAGCUGCACCCCAAGUACAUCGCUGCCAUCAAGUACGAGCCCCCCCUCAUCCAAAUCCGCCUGGAGCAGAGCAAGAAGCCCAGCUGGGAUGUAGAUAUAGCUGACGUGGCCUAUUACUUUGAAAAAGACGUGAACAAUGACUCCGUGUUCCCAUCCAACAGUAAAUUAAGUGUCUCGGUCAAUGGAGAUGCCCUGGCCAUUGAGAAGCUCGGGAUUUACUACGUGGAUGAAAAGCCCCCAGAGUUCUCCAUGAGGCAGCUGGCAGCUGGCAUUGGUGCCGUGGUCACCGUGGUGCUCCUCACUGCUGGCAUCGGCGUCGCCGUGCUGCUCGUCCUCAGGUGGCUGCGCACAAGGACAUAUAAAAAAUUUGAGUGUAAAGAAAUGAGGGAAAUUAAAGCCCCAAGCUUAGAGCUGCCCUGAGCUGAAAGAAGAAUGGCAAUUACAGGAAGAAAAGGAAAAAAAAAGGCACAAAAUACAAAGA